AGUGGUACCCGGUGGUAGUCGAGGGUGGCAUUGCUUGCCGAGCGCAGGACGUGCAGGAGCUUUCUCUCUGUCCGUUUGCCGUCUCUUGUCUCCCGCCGCUCUCCCGUCGAGGACCUUCCACCUUCGCACCUGUCGCCGGUUCUGUGGAACACGGACGAGUGAGCCAAGGCAUGAGGUCCUGCUUGCUGUGGUUGUCCCUCCUGUUGGUCGUCCUGGCUGACAGGAGCCUUGCCAGUCCUUACUUCGACGAGGAAGACGACGGUCUCCAAGCUGGCGGCGACUCGGAUUAUACAGACAACGCUCUGGAGAAUCUGAUGCGCGCAGCGCAGCAGAAACGUACCUCGUUGAUAUACUUGUUUAGACGGGCCUGCAUAAGACGCGGCGGCAACUGCGACCACCGGCCGAAGGACUGCUGCUACAGCUCCAGCUGCCGCUGCAACCUCUGGGGCUCCAAUUGCCAGUGCCAACGGAUGGGUCUCUUCCAGAAGUGGGGCUAAAGUAUCUAUCCCCGGCCCAACCCUCCCGCCGCCUAUGCCUCCUUCCUUGGUCUUUCCAUCUUUGCACCUCGAUUGUUGUUUUUUUCCUCCUCUCGUUUUCCCUUCUUGUUCUAUCAUUCCCCGGGAGCGACUGUCCUCUGACGAUGUCCUUCCUCGAGCAUACGAAUGUUCCUUCCGUAUAACUUCACCCAACCGGUGCAUCAGUCCCGUGGACAUAUUUCCGACGACGUCUUCAACGCUUGCGAUUUGCAUUCUCGACUUAAGACAAUGGCCUCGAUGAUAAUACGCUUCGAUAAUCUCCUCUUCCGCGCGUUUUAGAUCCUCUCGAUAGAAAGAGAGAGAGAGAGAGAGAGAAAAAAAGAGAGUAAGAGAGAAGAAGAAGGUAUACUCUACUAUUUGAUUAUUGCCGAUUGUUUAUGAAGCGAGAGAAACUCGUUUGAGAAACGUCGACGUUCGGAAAAAAUCCCUCUACGAUUUCUUUUUCUCUCCGCUUGUGAAGAUCUCUUUUCUUUUCCGGCCUCUCGACGCGAUCUUUCACGACUACCUCUCUCGCGAUAUUCGAUACCCCAGGAUCCGCUGCACCGACCAUCUCGGUUAGUGCCCGGCUGACGAAUCCUCGUCCCUUCCUGGGUCCCGUGGCUCCGGUUACGGAAUGGCAGGAGAUGAGAGGAAGUGCGGCCGAUUAGCGAUUACCGACCUCGGUGCAGCGUGCGAUCCUCGCGCCGAUUGAGCUGCGAUUUCCCGGUGGGAAUUGCUCGAUCCUCUAUUCGUUCGGAUCAGUUUCGGUUGAUUUUUUUCCCCGAGACACCGUCUUCCCCGAACGCCCUCUCGACUUCUCCUCCCGUCGUCGUUUCGCCCCCGUCGGUGAAGAUCGUCGUUGAGCCGGGAGAGCCGAGGAGACGGCGAGCGCAGCGGACCUCGCGAAGGACCUCGGAUUCGGGACCGAUCGCUCCCUCGUUGCGACGGCUGGCUCGGGGAUUUUGCAGAUGAGACGUGCGAAGAAUGCGACCGUGAAGAGACGUAUCGUCGCCAUUUCUCUACUUCCACGCUCGGCGCGCCUUUUCCGCGCGCCACGUUCUACCACGUAAACGAAAGCCUCGGGACCGACAGAAAGUAAGUUCUCCGUAAAGUAUGUAACGGUGCUCGGCGACCACGAGGUCCCCUCCGUCUGAUUCCUCCGAGUGAGUUCAGAUAGUACGUGUGAAAUAUAUGUGAAUGUGCAAUAAAAGCCACGCGUUUACUUCACAACGGCGACAUUCUCUCCUCGGAGAAUUCGUCAUCCGAUUUACCGCCUCCCUCCCUCCCUUCCUUCUUCCUGGACACGUUAUAAAACUGGAAAUUCUGAAACCGAUGAUAUUGAUAAAGCAUUGUAUAGGUGGCGAGAGAAUUGUAUCAACGAGAACUUUUCGAAUGCGAGAUCGCACUCCAUUCUCGCGCGUCGCAUUUUGCCGCCUCCCUUCGACGACUUCGCCGCGCACCUCCAGCAGUCUUUAUCUCCAGAGAAUCGCAGCUCGACUUCUGUCCGUAGAAUAAUAAUAAUAAUAAUGUCAAGUAUCUCUCGUUCUUCCGUGGAGAAGAAACGCGACUCUCCCCGACGAGUCGAGCUCGAUUCUCCGCGCACUUCGGCGCUUCGCAGUCCUCCUGCGCGACGGCACGGAAAAUUGGCACAUUUGGGACGCGCGCGGACAAAUUUUCGGAAAUUACCGUCCUCUGAUUGGAGAUACCUCUCUCCGGCCACUUUCGCUAAUCAGAUCGCCGGUAGAUUCCUCUCGACUCGUCAGCCCGUCGAGGACGAUUGCGAACAAGUCGAUAGAACAAUUGAGAUCGGUGCGAAGAGAGAAAGAGAGAGAGAGAGAGGGGGGGGAGAAAGAUUUCUCUCCCAGUUCUCUGAAGACGAACACGGCGAAAUAUGUACGCGGAGUAAGAGAAUAUGAAAUUAUACGUGUAUAGUCGCCGAUUAAUCAAUAGUUGUUAUGUGUUUGCGGCGAAUUAUAUUUAAACACAAGGGAAAUAUAUCUUGACGCGGUAUACACACACACACACACACACACACGUAUACGCACGUACACACACAAAUAUAUAUAGACACAGCCCGUAAUCUACAUUUCUCCGUACAAGUUCUUAAAUUUUAAACGUAUAUAUACCUACAUAUACGCAUACGAAUUAUAAAAUAAUACUACAAUAAUAGAUGUUAUACAUUGUAUCCGAAGGUGGAUGUACACGUACCGAUGUAUCAUGGAAAUAUAUGUAUAUAUAUACAUAUAUAUAUAAUAUAUCAUAUAUGUAUAUAUACAUACGGA